AUGAUCGAGAAAGGUUGUACGGACCAGUCUAAAGUCAACGCAAUCUCUCGUCAUCGUACUUCAAACGGAAAGGAGAAGAAGUCACCAAAAACACCUUGCUGGUUCUGUGGGGAUCUUCAUUAUGUCAAGGAGUGCCCCUACCAGACACACACAUGUUCAAAGUGUAAACGGAAGGGCCACAAGGAAGGGUACUGCUCCUCAUCCGAGAAGAAGCCAACAAAGCAGAUCGAUAAACCCAAACCUAAGGACAUCGUCAAGUCUAAAGGUAUUACGGUUAAGCGAGUUGAUCUGAAGGCAAAGCGGAAGUUCGUGAAAAUCGACAUCAACGGUGUACCAGCAAAGUUGCAGCUCGAUUGUGCAUCUGACAUCACCAUCAUCUCCAAACGAACUUGGACAUCGGUGGGUAAGCCUGUCAUCGAGACAACGGAUGUCGCUGCUGUGAGCGCCUCGGGUGACGGCAUCGACAUCGUAGGUGAAUUCAACGCUGAAAUCACCAUCCAAGACGUGAUGAAAGUGGGUCGCAUUUUCGUUACAAAUAAUCCGGAUCUCAACGUUCUGGGAAUUGAAACGAUCGAUCAGUUCGAUCUCUGGUCGGUUCCCUUCAACUCAAUUAUUCAUUAG